AUGUUCGAACCCACGGGAGAGCCUGUGACGUACAAGGCCAACUGCCACUGUGGUCGGGUCAAGUUUACAGUGGCGCUGCCCGAUAUUCGUAACAACAAGGUGCUCAGCUGCAACUGCUCCAUCUGCACCAAGAACGGAUAUCUUUUGGUCUACCCAAAGGUGGAAAAUGUAAAGUUCAUCUCUGGAGAAGACAAGCUCAAGUCGUAUCGCUUUGGCACGGCGACGAAGCCACACAAGUUUUGCCCCGAGUGCGGCACCAGCAUCUUGAUUGACUUUUCCGAGACGGAGCACCCAAUGUCGCGUGCCGUAACGGCAGUUAAUGCACGCACUUUUGUGGACAUUGAGGACAUUAUGGCCGACUUGAACCUCCAUCGGAUCAAUGGCAAGGACAAGAUGCAGCCGCCGUACAAGGUGCCCAAAUUUUGA